UGAAAGGAAGAUGAACAGCAUCAAGAAUGGCUUCUUCCUCUGCAUGAUUUUUCUUCUCUGGUGCCAUGUGGAUUCAGGGGUUUCCAUCGAUCCUUUCUCCCAUAGCCACUCUCUCAACACAGAGUGUGUGAUGAAGCCUCCACGAAGCAGUGAAACGAAAGGAUUAUUACAAUUUAGCCGCUCUCUCGAAGAUGACUCUGAUGAAGAAUGGAAAAUUGAUGGAAAUGGAUUCAUUAGAGAAAUGGCACAGAGAAUUCAGCUUCACCAAGGAAAUAUUUACAGCUUCUCUGCUUGGGUGAAAUUGAGAGAAGGAAACGACAAGAAAGUAGGAGUUGUGUUCAGGACAGAAAAUGGAAGACUUGUUCAUGGAGGUGAAGUUAGGGCAAAUCAAGAAUGUUGGACUUUGCUUAAAGGUGGCAUUGUACCAGAUUUUUCAGGCCCUGUAGAUAUAUUCUUCGAGAGUGAAAACAGAGGAGCAAAGAUCUCUGCACACAAUGUGUUGCUAAAACAGUUUAGCAAAGAAGAAUGGAAACUGAAACAGGACCAACUUAUUGAAAAGAUAAGGAAGAGCAAAGUGAGAUUUGAAGUAACUUAUGAGAACAAAACCGCAGUAAAAGGCGUAGUGAUAUCACUAAAACAAACCAAAUCAUCUUUUCUCUUAGGCUGUGGAAUGAAUUUCCGGAUCCUACAAAGCCAAGGGUACAGAAAAUGGUUUGCGUCGCGGUUCAAAAUCACUUCAUUCACUAAUGAAAUGAAAUGGUAUGCAACGGAGAAAGCACGAGGUCAAGAGAACUACACGGUAGCCGAUUCAAUGCUGAAAUUUGCGGAAGAUAAUGGGAUAUUGGUUAGAGGUCAUACAGUGUUAUGGGACAACCCAAAAAUGCAGCCUAGUUGGGUGAAAAAUAUAAAAGAUCCGAACGAUGUGAUGAACGUGACAUUGAACAGGAUCAACUCGGUUAUGAAGAGAUACAAAGGGAAGUUAACCGGGUGGGAUGUGGUUAACGAGAAUCUGCAUUGGGAUUACUUUGAGAAAAUGCUUGGUGCAAACGCUUCGACAAGUUUCUACAAUCUGGCUUUUAAGAUUGAUCCUGAUGUGAGAUUGUUUGUUAACGAGUACAAUACGAUAGAAAACACUAAAGAGUUUACUGCGACGCCGAUAAAGGUGAAGAAGAUGAUGGAGGAAAUUCUCGCCUAUCCAGGAAACAAGAACAUGAAAGGAGCAAUUGGAGCUCAGGGUCACUUUGGUCCAACUCAGCCUAACUUAGCUUACAUAAGAUCUGCAUUGGAUACUUUAGGCUCACUAGGUUUGCCUAUUUGGCUUACAGAGGUUGAUAUGCCUAAAUGCCCUAAUCAGGCGCAAUACGUGGAAGACAUUCUCAGGGAAGCUUACUCGCAUCCUGCGGUGAAAGGUAUCAUAAUAUUUGGUGGACCUGAGGUGUCUGGUUUUGACAAGCUGACACUUGCAGACAAAGACUUCAACAACACACAAACGGGAGAUGUAAUUGAUAAGUUGCUCAAGGAGUGGCAACAAAAAUCUUCAGAGAUUCAAACGAAUUUCACAGCAGAUUCUGAUAAUGAAGAGGAAGAGGUCUCAUUGUUGCAUGGACAUUAUAAUGUGAAUGUAAGCCAUCCAUGGAUAGCAAACCUAUCCACCAGUUUCAGCUUGGAGGUAACUAAGGAGAUGGAUCAAGACCAGGUGAUUAGAGUCGUAAUUAGUGCUUGAAAUUAC